UUGAGUGGGAGCUCAUCUCCGAGCAGACCGCGUAAAAAUGCCGGACGUGUCGCGUUGAAAAGUGCCCAAAAUACACACAUUUUUAUAUUAUAAUAGCAUGACAGCGGCAGAAAGAGCGGACAACCAACUGACGCCCCAGACGCCGGUGUUGACGGUUGCCUGUCGCAUCCUCAGGUCUCCAUCUCACGAGUCCGUUACUACGGAUCUUUCCCUGUUCUCGGUAUCUUCGUCGGCUUCCGACGCCCACGGUAGGAAGAUUUUGAGCUUUGGAAAAUGUGAAAAUACGUUCAUAAGGGGCCAUAGUCCGAAUCCCGAGCACAAGGGCCAUACGAAGCAACCCGAUAUACCAGAAAUCCUCUGGUUCGAGGAGGAAACGGAAUUGAUAAGGAGUUGCGCGGCACUAUCCUCUGCGGUCGGCCUACAAAAAAGUUUCAGUACCAGCGAUAUAAGUCAAUUACCCUCACCUGAGGAUGGACCCAACCUACCCGGCGUGCGUAAUGCUGUCUCCGAAUUAGCCUUGAAUUCGUUACAGAGAUCCGGUUUCUUAUUGGAAAAUGCCAAAUUAGACUACACCUCAAGAUCUUGCUCGACAUGGGUAGCGGUCGGCGAUAUAGCGUCCACAUCUCAAUUGCCUUCUCCUCACGGAAGUCAUUCCAACACGGCUUCUCACCAUGCGCAAACCAACACACCGCCUCCACCAGUAUUCACGGCGGCGGACUUUAUAAGAUCGGUCAACAAAAAGGUAAGGCAGAAUUACAUAAAAAGGCGCCUGUUCACAACGUACAAGGCGCUAGAGCGUCUAUCUCAGAGCGAAUUCAACCUGGAUCGAUUGGAGGUGGCUCCCUCUACGGCCGCGGCGAGUAUAGCGACCACAGACUGCAGCCAAUCGAUGCACGUUGGUUCUUCCUCCAGACUGACGGUACCGGGCGCAAGUCCGAUACUAAAACCCCCAACACCAACGAACAGUACCGACGCGGCGAUGUUGAGGAUCGCCAAGCAGAAGGCCAGCAAGAAUCUACCACUGACGAUCAGGGACGUGGAGCGAGAGAGGGGCAAGCCCCUGUCGAAGUACGAGAGGAACAUGAUGGUGUUCAACUGGCUGCACACGCUGGACGAUAACGCUUUCCCCGUCGAGGGAAUACAGUGAUUCUUCGCCUAACGUUUACACAUUCUUAUGUAUUUAUUAUGAAGAUUUAUCGCUCUCGAUGUGUGAUCCGAAAAAACUAUAUUAUUGAAGUUAUUGUCAAUGUUACUCCGUUCGGAGAUGUUGUAUACUAAUAUACUCUCUAUCAUAUCAAUAAACAUCAACUUGUUUUACCUUUUCA